AUGGAUCCAGCUACAUUCGUCGACCCAAACCUUACACGGCCAGACCUGCUUGUGCUGAAGAACCUGUUGCAAGAUGUGGAGCGGAUCGAAACCACUGCGAAGCGACUAGGAGCCAAUGGAGUCGACUCAGGGUAUACCAGCGCUGUAGAAGAGAUUUCUGUCUCGAAAGGAGUUCAGGAUGCCGAGCCUCAUCAUGACUCCGUUGCACCACUCAAUGCCUCUCUUCCUAAUGACGAGAAGAUCAUUGAGGCUAUUGAAGCCCUGAAUGAUCCGAUGCACGAAGACUUCGACCCGACAGUCUUCGUGACAUGGGAUCUGAAAGAUAUCAAACUGCCCCCGGUGCUUGAUCGAUAUGUGCUGCGGCCGUACAUCACCUGGGCGCGAACGGUCGUCCGUAAAGAGACCGAUGUUGUUAUGUUGACGCAUCUAAUACUCUACUUCACGACGUCCGUCCCAAGCGCACUCUUUCUCUACUAUCGUUUCUCCUGGCUGCAUGGUGUAUUGCAUUGCCUAAUGCAGGGAUGGUAUGUCGGCACCUAUACCCUCAUGAGGCAUCAGCACAUUCAUAUGAAUGGAAUCCUAUCGCCAAGGUAUGUAUGGCUGGACUCGACUUUCGCAUACGUUCUCGAUCCGUUGAUGGGACAUACCUGGAAUACGUACUACUAUCACCACGUCAAGCAUCACCAUGUCGAAGCCAACGGCCCGGAUGAUCUCUCUUCCACUCUCCGGUACCAACGGGAUGAUCUGCUGAAUUUUCUGCACUACGUCGGCCGCUUCUUCUUCUUCGUCUGGCUGGAUCUGCCUCUGUAUUUCCUCCGUAAGGGGAACCCGUCCAUGGCGUUGAAAGCAGGGAGUGGCGAAAUGGCCAAUCUUCUGGCCAUGUACCUGCUGGCGACUUACCUCAACCUCCGAGCGACAGUAUUUGUGCUGAUAGUACCCCUCUUACUACUCCGGAUAGGUCUGAUGGUGGGGAACUGGGGUCAGCAUGCAUUUGUCGAUGAUGUUGACCCGGACUCGGACUUCCGAUCAAGCAUUACUUUGAUUGAUGUCGCUAGCAACCGUUUCUGCUACAACGACGGUUACCACACCUCGCACCACCUCAAUCCGCGCAGGCACUGGCGAGAACACCCUAUUGCUUUCCUUAAGCAGAAAGACCGGUACGCCCGGGAGCAGGCGCUUGUCUUCCGCAACAUCGACUACAUUAUGAUCACCAUCAAGCUGCUGCGGAAGGACUAUAUGCAUCUUGCCAAGUGCCUUGUGCCUAUUGGAGAUCAGGUUGGGAUGAGCUUGGAGGAGAUUGCGGGGAUGUUGAGGACCAAGACAACGAAGUUUACGGAGGAGGGUAUUAAGGAGAAGUUUGGGAAGAAGUAG